CAGUUCUCAUUUCACUCAAUGAUCAAGCCAUCAUGGCCCAAGAGACAUUCAACUUUUCCGGCUUACCCAUAGAAAUCCGCGCCCUUAUUUGGGAGGCCACUCUUCCUCCUCCGCGGAUAUUCCACAUCAAGGGCACGGCAGAAUUCGGUCUGGAAAAGGCCCUUACCUUCCACAAGCGGCAUCCUCCACCCAUCGCGCUCCGCAUAUGCUCCGAGUCACGUACUGUGGCCCUUCGCAAUGGAGGCUUCUUCCUCGCUCAUGUUGGCGGCGCAGGGCCGUGGUUUAAUCCAAAGCGUGACAUCUUGUAUUUCGACCGCAACCAGCGCCACAUGCUGCGCUCCAGAGGCGGAAAGUCUCGGAUUCGUGGAUGGGAACAGGCAUUACACGUUGGGAUAGAAUGGAGAGCCUGGUUCCGAGACGUGCCACGGCAGACUGCCCCUGGAGAUGAAUUUAUCCGCCUGCAUUGGCGGAGCGUCGUGAGAGGACUUUAUCUACAUAUGCCUGCACUAGAAGGUAUUCACUAUGUCCUUCCGAGAGUGCGCCACAAAGGAGGCGUUACAUGGGGGCGGGAGCCAUACGGCGUGACCAAGUAUCAAGCCGAGUUGGUGCAUUUACCAGAGACGACUGAGAUACCAUGGGCUGGUGCGGGACUGGGCAUCCGAAACGCGGUGCACAAUGGAGCAGCGGCAGGGAAUGCGGCUCCAGAAGUCUUGGUGAUCCCAGGCGUGGCCGAAGGGAGCAGGACGAUGCUGAGCAUGACUACGUGGGGAGAUAUCAAAGCCGAUAUGGAGAAAGCGCUGGAGGAGGAAUUGAAGGGGGAUCAAGAAGACCAAGUUGUCGAGCUAGAUUGGACCUUGGUGGGUGAAGAGGAAGGCAAUGUGGAGAGCAAAAAGUGCAUAUUUCCAGGAAAUCAACUACCUGAAGUUGUGGGAUGGUGGCUCUUGAGGCAAGAGGCGCCAAUGGAAGAACACCCGAGUAUAAGGGAAUUUUUAACCUAGCAUGAAUCCACAUCAAUACCCAAAUGCUCGUUAUGCC